ACCUAUAUACAGAGAGCGUUGGCGCCUCUUGUGGGAUUCUCCGAUUCGUGCCGCCGGCAACCCGCGUUUCUGCCACCGUUGACGGCCGUUGACGGUAAAAGCGAGCCAUGAUUGACAACGUUAGCUAACAACUAGGGUGUUUGUAUAGAUGUCGUUGUGGUUUUCAUCGAUGAAAACAAUACGGUUCGCGCGGUGCACACAGAGGGCGACGGAGACUAUAUGGCUUGGAAACACUCGGCGCUGUAUGGCCCGGGCGAGUUGUCGAUUCCUGCGUCCCCGCAGUCUAGCCUGGCGGGCUACCAGUUCUACUGCUGGGCGAGGUGCCAAGAAGCGAAGAGGGUCAGAACAAGGUGCAAGUAUUCGUCGAGGGCGAGCCGGGUGAGAAGCUUCAGCUCUGCGACUACGGCCUCUCUCGCAACUUCUGGCGAGAUGAGGAUGCUCCUCUUCUUUGACGCGGGAGACAAGCUGGGUAUGAUGCACAGGAACAGUGCCAACGACUCGACUUGGGUGCUCGACGAGAGGCCCUCUCGGGAGCGACACCCGACGUUCCCAGGACAGCAGAUAGCUGCCACGUCAUUCCCCAUCCACUACGAGGACGGGACGACUCCGCCGGGAUGGGCGAUUCUCGCCGUGCAGCUGGAGAAGUACGGCAGCCUUACGGCCACGUAUUGGGAUCCGAGGACUCAAGAAUGGACCUUUGGCAGUCCUGUAGAGCUCGUCGGAGGGCCGGAGCCGCCGCCGGCCUUCACGGCGAUCGGCAUAAACCUCGAUCUUAGGUUCUACGGGAUCGCUGAUGGGGCCAUCCUGGAGUACCGCGUCGAUAAGGCCUCCUUCACGAGCUUCUAUUUCACAUCAACGCCGGUCAUGCCUUAAGCGGACAGGUCACGGCGUAUCCCGAAAUAGUACGUAGCUAAGCCUUCUGGUUAUUGUUCAGGAGAGUUGGCACUGUACUGCGGUACGUACCUGUACCUUGGCUUUGAGCAAGAGCUACGGUCGCCUUCGGAACUCUGAAGA